AUGGCUGGUACUUAUGAUAGUGAACAGCAGAGAAUGAUUGACAGAAUCAGAUGCAUUGCUUUUCGUGAAGCUCGUGACGCCGGUGCGACAUUUAUCAAUAGACAAUGGGUAGCAGAAAAAGUUCAUCGUACUACUCGAUUUGUCACAGAAUGGUGGGAGAAAUCAUAUGACCAGUGUUUUGCUGAUUAUUCGAAUAGCGGUCCAAAACUCAAGUUAUCACAAGCUAGUCGAGACACCAUUCUUAAUGCAAGCGGUAAACAAAGAAAAAGUUGUUCUGUUGUGGCGAAGGAAAUUGCUGAAAAACACGGAGAAUACGUGGUUCCAAGAACGAUUAAUAAUUACCGUCACAGGGAAGGACUAAAGCCAUUCCACGUCAUUCCCAAACCAUUAAAAACAGAAACUCAUAUAUCAGAUCGAUUAUGGCUGUGUGAUUGGUUAAAGGAUUGGACUAAGGAAGACUUCCUUCAUCUUGCACCAUCAGAUGAAUUUUAUGUCUGGACCACUGUUGAACUUGCAAUAAAUGAUAUUCGAAAACAAGAUCGAGGAAUUUAUAAAUGUUUAGCUAUUAAUCUAGUUGGAUAUGGUGAUAUAUGGACUCUUAAAGUUAAUGUUAAAUUUCCACCAUAUAUUCGAUGUCCAUAUCCAAUGGUUGGUCAAGCAAUUAAUUUUUUAGUUGAUAUUUAUGUUGAAUGUUAUGUACAUGGUUAUCCUCCACCACGUAUAACAUGGUAUAAAAAUGAUUAUGGUGGUCAAAUAUCUGAUACAAUGAGUGUUGAUGUUCUUCGACCAAUAUGGAAUUCUUAUAAAUAUAAAAUAGAAGCAACAAUACCUGAACCAAAUAUUUGUACUGAUUGUAUAUUAUCACGUUUAACAGUUAUAAAUGUAUUAGCUAGUGAUUUGGGUUCAUAUGUUAUUAAUGCAACAACAAAUGAUAAACCUUAUCGAACAACAAUUUCCUCAGUAUUUAUAUUUGAAACACCUGAUUGUCAACAAUUUAUAACACAUCGUAAUAAUAUUGGUUGUAAACGUAUUCGUUUUACAACUAGUAGAGCUUCAUCAAACAUUUUUCAAUAUCUUAUUUUAUUAAUCGGAAUUUUUACCGCAAUUUUAAUCUAA